GUAAUUUAUUCUUUUUAAGAAGUAUUAAGAUAUAAUUACAAAAAUACCCUCAUUUUACCUCUCCUCCUCUAUUCUGUAUGCCUCCAUCUCCUUCGACUCCCAUCUCUGCAAAGCCUCUUCCUCGUCUGACAUUUUACCGCCGGCUACAAUUAUAUCCUCAAUCGAUCGUCAGGCUAUCCAUCAUCGAUGAGCAAUCUCGCCCAAAACUCCAACAUCAAUCUUCCAAUUUUUCGAUCUGCCAACAUCGACCUUCAGGCUCUCCAUCGAUCUUCAAGCUCUAACCCUUGCAACUAUCAGUCUUCCAAUUUCUCGGUUUUAUUGUUGGCGUUAUUGUCAUUUUCACAGGGUUAACUAACCUUGCCAAAAAACAUCACAUUUCAUCAGAAAAUCGGGGCUCUGAAUCUCUGAUUAUCAAUCAAUGGCAAUUUCAUUGACAAAACUAUGUAAACCUCUCUAUUCUUUUUCUUUCCCCUCCAUUUACCUCUCAUCUCCCAUCCAUUCAAUCUCAUCACAAAGGUUACUUGAGCAAUCAAUCAAAUCCGCCAUUGAAUCCAAAAACUACCAACAAAUUGCUAACCUUCUCAAUGACUCAAACAAAACCAGUCAAACCUCCAAUCCAUUCUCAUUCCUCUUAAACUUUCCCCAAAACCAUAGAACCAAAGUCAUCAAUGAAGUUCUACAAAGUUUUGUCCCUUUAAGACCUCGUUGUCACCCUCGAGUCGCCUAUUCUCACCUCCUCUCUUUCACCCUACAAAGCCCUAAUCCCCUACCACUCUCCCUAGCAAUCCUCCAACGCACCCUUCGAUCAGGUUGCUCCCCAAUCCCUCAAACUCACCUACUUCUCUCAAGUGUAUGGCUUCAUCAAAGAAAACAACCCAAUCAAACUGUCCCCACUAUUCUACUUCAAAUGAAAUCGAUUGGAUAUCAACCCGAUACUGGAACUUGCAACUACCUCAUUUCCUCACUAUGUAAAGUCGAUCAGUUUGAUGAAGCAAUUCAAGUAUUGAAGUGUAUGGCUAAGGCUGGUUGUGUUGCUGAUGUGGACAGCUUUAGCUCUGUAAUUGGUCCACUUUGUGACCUUAGAAAAACAAAACAAGUUGAAGAGCUGAUGAAGGAGAUGGUAUCUAGAUAUAGAUUGUCUCCAAGAAAAGAGAUGGUGGUUAAAGUGAUAAAGUCAAUGCGAGCAAACAAAGAAGUGGAUAAAACAGUUGAAAUGGUUAAUUUUCUUGAAGAAAUGAAUCUUGAAAUUGGGUUUGAGUGCUAUGAGUUGGUUGUUGAGAUGUGUUUGGAAGGUAGUUUAUUCGUUUUAGCAGGAAAACUUGCUAUAAGAAUGACAAACAAAGGGUUUAUACCACAUAUAAAAGUGAGACAAAAAGUAUUUCAAAAGUUGGUUGAUGCUGGACAAGUGGAGCUUGCUUAUUUUCUUAAAAAAAGAUUCACAGAACUUAACUCUUAGACAUUGUCUUUAAUCUUUAUAUAAUAAUCAUAGAUUCAUAGUUACAUUUUAUUUUGUGAUUUUUAUAUAAUCAUAUAAGUACAGGGUAAGUAGAGUCUUUUGCAA